UCUGUAGGCGUGACAGAAUGAGAAUCUCUGGGCGCGAGUCUGAAAUAUAAACGGAAACAUGUUCCAAACGAUCUCGUUUACAAACAUUUUCUUUUUAUAUGUAGUAAUGGUUUGGUUUAUGUUUCACUCUUGUCUAAGCGAUGCUCAUCAAGUGAAACACUUCCUCCACUACAAGUUUACAGUCCUGACUAAAUCAAACACAUUCCCAGAGUUCAGUGCUGUGAUUGUUGCUGAUGGAAGACGGAUCAAACACUUCAGUAAUGAAGAAAAAGUCUGGAUUCUGACUGUAGAUGACCGGACUGAACCUCCUAAAGAUUCACCUGAUUCUAGUAAAUGGUUCAUACGUCAGAUCAGGACUCUGUCAAACUGCACAAACUCACAGUGUUCUGAGCUUCAUGUUCUUCAGAGAAUAAUUGGCUGUGAACUGGAGAAACUUCCUGAUGGAACAGUGAGUCUGACUGUCUUUGAUGAAUAUGGAUUUGAUGGAGAGGAUUUUAUAUCCUUUAAUUAUGACACUGUGCAGUGGAUUGAUAAAAACCCCAAAGCCAAAGAAACUAAAAUGAAAUGGGAUCGUCACACAGAACGCAACCAGUACAUCAAGUAUUUCCUCAAGAACUGCAUGAACUGGAUCUCAGCGUUUAAUAACAUUAAUAAGAGUUCUCCAGAUGUUCGUGUCUCUGCGAGGAAAUCUCCUGAUGAUCACAGUAAUCUGGUUCUGACGUGUCUGGCCACUGGUUUCUACCCCAGAGAUGUUCAGAUGAACAUUAGAUUGAACAGAAACAUCCUUGAGGAUCAAACAUCUUCUGGAAUCAGACCAAAUGAUGAUGAAACCUUUCAGAUGAGAAUCAGUGUGAAGAUCAACAGAAACCUCAAAGGAUCUUAUGACUGUCUGCUCAUUCACAGCAGUCUGAGAAAACCAGUUUCAGUAAAAUGGGAUGGAAAAUGUUCUGACUGUGAAACGGAUCAUACAUGGAUUGUUAUAGCAGGAAUAGCAGCAGCUCUAGUUCUCGCUGUGAUUAUUAUUGUGAUUGUGAUUAUGUCUGUAACUGUGAAUGAUUGCUGCAUCUACGAAAAGGAAAACUCAGAGGGAGACAGAGGAGAAUAACAUUAUGAUGAGAGAUAAAUCUAAUAAUCAUCUUCACACACAGGCAAAUGGACAUGUUGAAUUAGGAAAUGGCAUAUUAUUGAAGUGAAACACCAGAGGGAUUUAAAUGCUUCUGGACACACUGACUACUGUGAAAUGACACACUGAAAUGGACACGUUUAUUUCCAGGGAUAUCAUGAGCUAAACAAAAAUGAAUUAUGUUGUGGUGAAUGUGAAGCUGCACUUUUGCAUACCUGUUUGCUCCACUAGAAAAAAUAAUAAUCCAUGAUAGCAUUUCCAUGACUUUUCAAAUUAGAAAAAAUUAUAUCUAGAGAUUGAUUACAGCAGUCAGAAGAAAGAUGUAAAAUUUACUGUCACUCUCUCAGUGCUUUUGGAUUGCUGCUGCUGUCUGCACGUCACCUCAGCUAAUUCCAGCCCCUGAACUUGGUAUUUCUGCCAUGUUUGUGCUUUUUUUCAGGAUUAUUUCAGACAAUUAUCAAAUAAUAUGGCUUGUUGUGCGGUUAAUGGUCGAGACAGAUGUGCGUCUGUGUACAUGUGCACACUUGCGGAAGAUAAACAGAACACGUUGUUAGAUCGUCUUGGCAUCGGCUAAAAGUUUUGUCCGUCAGAUUUACUACAAUGACAACGGCUGGAGAAUAUGUCUCUCAAGACAUCACAAACUCCGACAGCACUGCUUGGAUAUUAUAACUAAAACUGCUGCAUUAUUUUGGACUUUGAACACGGGCUCAUUUGUUUGAGUCCAACAAUCGUAUACAGUUUUACAACAUAAACAGUGCUCAGAUUGCAUAAUUUCCUGAAGAAUGAUGAUGGAGAACAGAUCAUUCGGAAGAAAUGUGAUGCAAACAAUGGACAAUAUAUCAAUAUUUCAUGGAUUUAAUGCUGUUGUGGACAAAAAGAGCUGUUUUUCAGUGGAUGCUCAUGGACAUUUUACCCAAGUGCAACGGAUUGGAUUCAUCUCGUGAUUGCUAUUUCAUUACAAAGGUAUGAAGUCCCGUUUUGAUUUUGCGCAUUGUCAUUUGCAAUGACUUUAGGCUCUAGAAACUGUUCUUCAGAAACAUACGGGUGACGUCACAGACAUUACAUCCAUAUUAUUUUACAGUCUAUGGACAUAUCAGACGGGAGAGAGUCGUGGACUUGCAAUUAAAAAUUGGCGUCUAGUGGCAUCUUUCUGCGGAUAAAACAACAUUCCUUCUGAUGUUCAUUCAUGUUUAUUUGGUGCUAUAGUAGGAAAAGAUGAUCGAUUCACAUGCUGCUUGAACUGAGGUGCUAGUCAGGGCCGUAACCACCAUUGAGGCCCCCGAGGUCCGGACCUCGCUAUUUAUCGAAGUUGUAUAUAAUAAAGGUUGUGAAAUAAUUGCCUAAUAUUAACUCUACUUUUGUGCUGCAUGGAUAUAUUGCACAAAGCCAAGAUUACCAACCUUCUCAUCUGACCUGUCAGUGGUCAAACACCGCUCAUUAGUGUCAAAAUGUUUGAGAUGACCAGUCAAAUCAAAGUAGGCGGGCUUUAUGUUCACAUCAAUCUGAUGUUAUACAGUCAUUGACUGUUUCCCUGUUUUCCUUUGUACUCUAUCCUGCUCUGUGUUCACAAAUUGCAAAUCUCUCUGUCACACACACACAUACACACACACACUUUGAACAUAGUGGCUAUAAUUUAAGAUAAAUUGCUUAUAAAGUAAAAAGGAUUCUUUACUUUUGGUUAUCCAAAACGGAAAAUGCAAACAAAGUAGAAACUAUAUGUAUAGAAUCAAUAUCUAUAGAAAUCUAUAGGUGUACCAAAUGAUUCAUUGAUUAACCAUUAAGAUCAUUUGGAUUAAAUAACAGACACGUAUUAAACUAAAUGAGAAGAGAUGCAAAUGAAAAGUUUGAUAGUAACAGCAUUUGUUUAUCCCGAGGUUCACCGUAGUCAACCGGAUCCGGGCCGUAUCCAGGUGAGACCAAGGACCUGCACCUUGACACGACCACAACGCAGCCCUGACGUAUCAGCAGAGAUUGAGUCAACUAGAUCAUCCACUGUGAGGGCCUCAUCGACACGACAGCCAUGACACAGUUCCUCAACAACCGUCCAUAUCGCCGUGAUCCUCAAUACGAUCCUCAAUUGGAUGGAACUGGAAUAAAUACUUUUAAUGUUGCGAUCCUAUUGGACUUAUGAUAGCUACCUGAAUCGUAACAAAGCACUGUUGGCCAGAGGAGAACUGGCCCUCCGACUAAGCCUGGUUUCUCCCAAGGUUUUUUUCUCCAUUUAAACACCUAUUUGCCACUUGUCUGCCACCUGAUGUCACCUGAUGGAGUUUGGGUUCCUUGCCGCUGUCGCCUCUGGCUUGCUUAGUUGGGGACACUUGACUUGACAUUUGAUAUUCAACAGUGCUUUUGAUCUGCCUGCAUUGACACUAUUCUUUAAGAGCUGCUGUGCAGCCAAACAAUGUACCAGUUAUCAAUGUAAAGCUGCUUUGACACAAUCUACAUUGUAAAAAGCGCUAUAUAAAUAAAGGUGACUUGACUUGACUAGACAUUAUGAAAAGCAGUUACUGUGAAUGAAACAUUUAUAAAGAUGAAUCACUCUUUUUGUGUAGUGAAAAUGACUUUGGGAUUUUGUGUAUUGUACUAACACAACUGAAAUGUUUCAAAAAAGUGCACAUUUGAUGAUCUAUUAUGAUAUUAGUACUAAGAGUUUUUAAAAUUUACCAGUUGCUUGUGAAAAUUGCACCAAAGCAAUUAAAAAAACUGUAGUGUUUUCAGUGACAUCCAACAUGUACAUAUCUGUUCACAUCUCAGAAAAUGUGUUCUGGGGUUUCAUAACCCUUUAAAGAGCCACAAAACGGUAUUUAUUGUUUAGAUUUUUUUAAAAAUGAUCAAACUUGAAAGCGGACUUUGUUUAUAUUAAAAGUUUGUUUGCACCUUUGGCUUUUUGCUUCUGGCGACUGCAUUUAGGCUUCAAAAUUCAUAAAAGUUGUGUUCAUCUCUGAAAAUUAUCUUGAUGGACAAAAUGUGUUACUGUUAUUAAAUUUUGUUGAUCACAGAGCUUGUUUUUGGUUCUGACGUUUUUGGUUGUGACGUGUCUGGCCACUGGUUUCUACUCCAGAGAUGUUCAGAUGAACAUUAGAAGAAACGAAAACACUCUUAAGGAUCAAACAUCUUCUGGAAUCAGACCACAUACUGACGGAUCUUUCCAGAGGAGUUCCAGAUGAAAUGGGUUUUAUGACUGUCAGCUCAUUGACAGCAGUCUGACUCUAUCAUGACCGCUUUUAACACUGUAUGGUAAAUAUCACCAUAAAUCUUGUUGUGAUUAUGAUUUGAAUAUCUAUUAUGCACUAACACUGCCUCUACAAUUAUAACGUGAAGAUUGAAUAAAAAUCACUAUCUGUGGAAAGAGGA